AUGACAGUCCCGAACGAAUCGAAACACGGACCAUGGCCAAGGCCGGUCGCCGGCCGGCUAGCGUUCUCUGCCGCCGACUACCCGGGGAUCGAUCCCGACUGGGUCCGUCUUUGGAACGAGCACGGUGGAGGGAUGGUCAGGGCCGACGAGGUGAGCAUCGAACGAUACCGAGAGUCGCCGGCGCAGUACAGCUUCACGUAUCCGACUUGCAGAGGUGAGUGUCCUGCAGCUACAGCUCACCCCUCCAAAAGCUAUGCUAAGAUUGAAUACAACCAAGGCCCCGACGUGUUCCAUGUGGAGGACUGCAAAGUCCCCGUCACACGCCCGGCUGGAAAGGUGACUGUGCGGAUCUACUCCCCCGAGGGACCGGGUCCCUUUCCCGUGCACCUCAACUUUCAUGGCGGUGGAUGGGUUCUGGGGGGGCUCAACAGCGAAGCUGCAUGGUGCCGGCACAUCUGCAACAAGGCCAACAUCAAGGUCAUCGACGUGGACUACCGCAUGGGACCGGAAUUCAAGUUCCCCACCGCCAUAUACGACUGCUGGGACACCGUCAGAUGGGCCGUUAAGCACGCAGCAGCCCUGAACAUAGAUCCGUCAAGCGUGUCGUUCGGAGGACUCUCCGCUGGAGGCCAGAUGUCGGCCGUGCUGGCCCACUUUGCCAGGGACGAGCACGUGGCGAUCAAGCUGCAUCUGAUGAUCGUGCCGGCGACGGACAUGAGGUACUGCCGCCGCAGGAUCGAGCGGCUCGACGAGUCCAACUGCCCGUACGAGAGCGCCCGCUUGUACCGCGACCUUCCCUGGGGGCCCCUCGGACGCGAGCAGUGGUUUCUGAAAUACUGGCUCGAGGACGACGACGACGAGCAGGAGAGGCUCCUCGACGAUUGGCGGCUCACGCCGGUGUUGGCGCCCGACUUGAGCAAUUUACCCCCGGCCCACGUCGUCACGGCCGAGUUCGAUCUGGAGAGGGACGAGGGGGAACACUACGGGCGCCUCCUCCGGGACGCCGGAAACCGGGUGUCGAUGAAGCGGUACGCGGGGGUGCCCCACGCGUUUGCGCACUACAACCAUCCCGAGCGGGGGCUCGCCAGGAGCUUCGAGUUCAUCGAAGACACUGCCCAGCUGCUCAGGGCGACCCAUUACAGGGAUGGAGCGUAG